GCAUGCGCGGCGGGCGCUGCUCGGCGCAUGCGCAGCUCCGCAAUGCGGGUGGUGGUGGGUGGUGGGACAGGCUUCGUGGGCCGAGCCCUGACCCAGCUGCUGCGGAGCCGAGGGCACCAAGUGACCUACGUGUCCCGACAAGGGGGCACGGAUCGGAUCAGCUGGGAAGAGUUGUCCCGCUCCGGACUGCCCCCGUGCGAUGCUGUGGUCAACUUGGCUGGUGAAAAUGUCCUCAACCCUUUCCGCAGAUGGGGUGAUGCCUUCUCCAGGGAAGUCAUCAGCAGCCGGGUGGAGACCACGAAGACCUUGGCCAAAGCCAUUGCUGCUGCUGAACAGGCACCCCGUGCUUGGGUCCUGGUCACUGGCGUAGGUUAUUACCGCCCCAGCCCCACAGCUGAGUAUACUGAAGACAGUCCAGGAGGGGAUUUUGACUUCUUCUCACGCCUGGUGAGCUCGUGGGAGGCUGCAGCUCUCAUCCCUGGGAGCCCAGCUCGUGGAGUUGUGGUGAGAUCAGGUGUAGUGCUGGGUCAGGAUGGUGGUGCAAUCUCUCAGAUGCUCUUGCCUUUCCGUCUGGGACUUGGAGGCCCCUUGGGCUCUGGACUCCAGCCCUUCCCAUGGAUCCACAUUUGGGACCUGUCUGGGAUUGUGUGUCAUGCCCUGGAGAAAGAGUCCGUGCGAGGCAUCCUCAAUGGUGUUGCCCCAUCCUCCCCUGCCACCUCCAAUGGCACCUUUGCUCAGGAGCUCGCUGCAGCCCUGGGGCGCCCGGCCCUGGUGCCAGUGCCUGCCUGGGCAGUGCGGGCUGUCUUUGGGGCAGAGCGGGCGGUCAUGCUGCUGGAGGGACAGAGGGUGCUGCCAAAACGCACCCUGGAGAGUGGCUACCACUUCAUCUUCCCCGACCUGGCUGGAGCUCUGAAGGACAUUGUGGGUUAAGGCCUUCCCAGUUGGCCUGGGCUGGGCCCUGUUUUUGUGAGCUCAUGGGAUGUGCCUUCCCAUGAAAGAGGGAAGCCCUGCCCCUUCACACUUCCCCAUCCCCAUCCAGAAAGGGUGAGCGAUCUUUUCCCCAUGUAUCUCCCUGUGUGCAUCCCAGUUUAGGAAUCAUCCUUCUUACUGCCAUCUGAAUCUCAACAUUACCUGCAUUUGGGGAAGGGCACAAGCCCCUCAAAGGAUUGUGACUGUGGAAUUGCCUGUCUUCCCUUUUGCAUGGUGUGUGUGUGAACUGCUGGCAAAGCAGCUGGGGGUGUAAUGUCUUCUCCCCUGAGAGACAGCUGGCAUCAAGAAACAGGUUGUAAUGCUGCUGUAAUUCUUCCAUGGUACUGGAAGUCACCCUUCCUGUUUUUCCCCAUGAUGACAUAGGCAAAGCAGAGGAGCAUAAGUCUCUUUCUCGGUCUCAGUGGUUGUGGGAGAAGGUCCAUCUUUAGGGGAGUGCCAAGGGUGCUGAAUACUGAGUGCUUGGAGACUCUGCCCUCUCUUUUCGUGUGGCUGGUACCAAGUUGAUGUGUCAGUACCUUCAGCUGAGUCUAGUCCAAAGAAUUACCCCCUGCCAGGGUUCCAUAUCCCUUAUGCUGCGGCAGGGAUGAACGAGAGCACUGCUUUGCCAGCCUGUAGGGAAAAGGGUGACAAUCAGGCCGUGGCCCCUGGACUGCUUUGCCUUGGCUGAGUGCCCAUUACAUCUAAGCUUGUGCUGAGGAAAACUGGGUGGUACAGCACUGUGUGAGGCAGUGCCAGUCACUGCUUUAGUCUAAAGGAGCAUUUCAGCCAUUGCCAUCAUUGUGUUUACCUCAGAUUGGGGUGGUUUUCUUUCAUUAAUCCCAUGGGGUGGUACUUGUGUUCAGGGUGUUCCUCCUGACUGGGCACUGAGAAUAUCCAAGCUGCCUGGUCUGCCUUGGGAAGCAGUACCUCUUCCCUUGUAGAGAAGAUGGCAAUUUCAUCAUCUCGUAGUGGCAGGAAACGUAUCCAUAUGCUUCCCUUGACCCACUUCCACAUCCUAAAGUGGGUUGCAGGGUGUGAAGUCCACAGAGCAGUGAAGUUUAUUAUAGCAGUACUUCUGGAGAAAUAUUCAUAGUGUGAUGUAAGUUGGGGCUCGAAAAUGCUGUUAAAAGUUACUUCAGGCAGAUAAAGACCUGCUCUUGAAAUAAGAAACCAUCCAGAACAACAGCAGUCCACAUAUUUCUGGUUUAUGACAUGUUGUUAGAGUAGCUGAAGAAUCAGUCUUGGUGAAGUCUAGAUGCCCCACUCUUCUGCCUCUUUACUCAGUACAUCCUGGAGACAGAAUGGCAAUCUGGUGGCUUUCCAGGCAGGAAAAUUAGAAUGGGACUGUAGAUGGAACUGGAGAUAGUCCUUGCAGUUAGUGUAAGCACAGCCAGGUGAAAGGGGACUUUGGGAAUAGUCACAAAAGCAAUAUGGUUUGAGAUACAUGUGGGUUGCUUGGACUGUGUCUUCGCUGUCUGUUAGGUGCACCUUCCUUCCUCUUCCCAUGUGCUUCACUUUCCUGUCUGUGAGAGUGGGCUGACCUACUCUGACAUACAGAGCCAGUUCCUUGUGGGCCAGUACAGUGGGGACAAUCAGCACUGCUGCUUUAGUUACUUCAGCUGGGUUUUUGGAGCCUCAGGCUUCAGAGCUUCCCCAGAUGUUGUGGUCUGCAGCAUCCUUCUGUCAGCCAGCCUGGUUAGCCAGCCCAGUUAGGUCAUUUCUGUGCCUGUAUGUACCUUGAUGAUUGCAAUAGCUGUGGGUUGUGACUGGAAAUGGAAACAAGUAUAGCUGGAGAAGAACUGUCACCUUCAGCUCUUCUAAAAGGGGUGUUGUAUCCCACAGAGGACUGCCACAAAGCAGAGUUCCCAAGCCUUGGACUCCCUGCCUGGAUGUGUAACUCACUGGGGACUUCUGAAAAGUUGCUUCUGCAUGGUGUUUGGCUUAAAUACAUCACAGGUUUAAAUGAGCUUGUCAUCUGAAUCUGUAUAUGGGAUCUGGAAGCACUGUCUUCUGAGUGCAGUUAAGCCUUUCCAUCAUGAUAAAUUCACACACACCCUGUGCCCCUUUCUCUGUAGUAGAGCCACAAAAGAUGUGUGUUUGGGUGAUAGCAGGCUGAAAUCUAGAUUGGAUGUGUCUGGUUUUGAUGGCCUUAAGGAAGCCCUGAUCCUCAGGCUGCAAGACUUUGUGAUCCUGAGUACAGGUGUUGUGUUACCCCAGUGCUGGCGUUCUGGUGCUCAGGGCUAGCAGAGUGUUUCUGCAGGCACACCUGAGCCAACUGCUGUGCCCCUCUGCCUCGGGGCAGGUGUCUCUGAUGAUUGUGUUAAGCCAUGUGAAGAGCAGCUGCUGCCUUCAGCAGCUGUGGUCCAGGACCCUCCUGGGUGGCCACUGACACCCCAGCCUGGGGGCCCCAUACCCAGGGUUUCUGUCCAAGCUGAGGACACAGCUGUUCCUUUCCUGUUUGCAGGGUCAGCCAGCCCUGAUGCUGAGCUGCUGUGACACAUAGACACAUGGACAAGUGACACACAGAUGACACUGACACAGCUGUUAGACAGCCCCAGCCAAGAUGCUGCUGUCAGCAGCACCCCACCUAGGACACAGGUAACACACAAGCACCAAGCAUGAUGGGGCUGGCAGACACACGUGACACCCUCAGGGUUCGCAAGCACAUGCACUCAGGAAUCCUUUGAGCACUGGUGUGACCCCUCUGUCCACCCAGCACUCCAACAUGGACCACUCCUGACCCAUCCCACAGGUCCCCUACUUGCCAGCUGGUCCAGCUUGAAACACCAAAGAUGCAGCACCCAGAUGCUUAUCCCAAAAAGCACACCACACUUGCAGGUACCAACGUGGAUCCCUUGCCCUCCUGAUAAUCCUGCCCAGACCUGGAGUCUCCUACUUGCCAGCUGGUCUGAGUUUUUGCUGGUGGAUACCCACAUGCACACCUGGUUUGUGGGAUGUACACACAGUUGCCUCCCCCAGAAUCGGGCGCACAUGCUGUGAGUGGCUGUCCUGCUCCAGCUGCUGGCAUGGAGCCUCUCACUCCCCUUGCUUGUGCUUUCCCCCCAGCAAUUGCUCUUGUGGACACAGGGUAUUCCUGCCUCAGUGGCUGUAGGGUGAGUUCCCACUGGUGUCAGGAGCUGCUACCACAGGCUGGGUCUCUGCUGUCCCUGUGCCCCUCUCUGACUUCAGUAGCUGGCCCCAAAUCUGCACAUGCUGGCUACCCGCUAGCUGGCACUUGGUCCUUGCAGCAUGCAGAUGGGACCCUGUGAGGUUGCACAGGGAGAGUUACAGAAAGAUUAAAUAAGCCAGGACUGUGGUGGUCAGUGUAGAGCUCAGCCAGACCAGCAGUGCCUGGCCCAGGUUUACACCCAACCAGCCUCUUAUAACCCUUUUCUGUCUAACCUCCUCUUGGCUGCUCCCUGUCCCUGCACAGUCCCUCAACGGCUGACAUCCCACUGUCUUCAUCCAACAUCCUGGACACUCAGGUUUGCAUCCUUAUCAGCUGCAAAAUCCUGGCUGCCUAUGGGUUCUUAAAAGCUCAUCAACUGGUGUGAGUGAUGCCAUUUGUUUCUGGUUAUUUGCCUUGUUAAUGCUAAUUGGUCAGGUUUUAUGACUGUCUCCCAUUACUUCCCUACUGUAAAAAUAAAUGUUCUCAGCCUCACACAUCCUUA